AUGACGUUCUGCUCUACUCUUCCUCUGCGGGCCGAGCGGCACCGGGUCACACAGAUCAAGCUGCGGAAGUGUGAUUGGGACGUCGUUGGAAUAAAGUCCACGUUCUGGUCUGAAAGCAACGCAAACAUGAGCGACAAGGGGACAGUCUCAACGAAGGAGAAGGAGGCGACUGAGAAGAGGGGGCGUGGAAGACCCCGCAAGGAGCCGCAGGAGUCCAGCGGAUCCCCAACUCCAAAGAGGCCGAGAGGGCGACCAAAGGGCAGCAAAAACAAGGCAACUCCCAAGAAACGGGCUGCAACUGCUGCGGCUGCUGGAGGAAAGCGCAGAGGAAGACCCAAGAAGGAGAAGGCGGAAGAAAAGGCAACCAAGGAAUCGUCUGAAGAGGAGGAGGAGGAAGAGGAAGAACAGUAA